CUUCUGCACACAUCAACAACAGUGCCAGGGGAGCAACUACUUCUAGUCUCAGGGCGAGUGACGUCACCGAUUGAAACGCUAGCGCUCACCCAACUAAUUUUAACUAGCUAUUUCACACCGGCUUUUUUCUGGCAGCAUAUGGAAGCACGUUCGAUUGUGCGUCAAGAAUUCAGCAUAGCAAAUUUGUAUUAAGGUCUGGUUAUUAAAUGGGUAAAUAGUUCAAUAGUAAUAUGGUCUAAAACGCUCUGGUGACAAACUUUUCCAAUUAUCAAAUGUUUCCAAUUGUCUUCAUGGCUGGGAGAACCUAUUCAAGUAAGUAAGGUAAAUACAUUAGAAAAUGUAAAACAAAUAAUUGUUACAGUGCAGGCUAACUCAAAUGAGCUAGCUAGUUGGCUAGCUAGACAUACUGUUAAGCGAAUUAAAUGUCACCAGUUAACGUUACCCAACUUCAUAUUAGCUAGCUAUCUUGAUGUAUUUAUCACUGUAAAAAAACAAACUCCAAAUGCCAUGGAGGGUGAAAGGAUCAUUUUUAGCAGCCCCAACUUUCAAAGUGAGAGAGUAGGUUAUUCUGGAUAGGGCAGGUUCUUUUGUGUAGUUCCAGUCCCUAGAAGUGAGGACGGAGGUAAAAGUAACAUAAUAUUCAGUGCAGUGUAAUUUCAGUAUAGUGACGUCUGUUUCUUGUGAGUUUUUCUGUCCUCAGAUAGAGCUCUGAAAGCCUGUCUACGGAUGAAGAGGUCCCAAUGAAGAGCAGUGGUUCUCAGUCCUGGUCCUGGGGACUCAAAAAGGGUGCUGCACAUUUUUGUUUUUGCCUUCAAAUGAUCAACUCGUCAUCAAGCUUUGAGUGAUAUCUUGUAAAUGGAGAUUCCUUCAAAACGAUUGCCUACAGUUACCGUGUAGGGAACUGCAAGGUUGAGUGACCAGGGCCAUCUCGGACUGCCUCCUGGAGGAAUUCAGGUGUGUGAAGGCUACCUGUGUCCUGCGUAACUGCAUGAGGAUGGACACGAGGACCAGGAGGGGAUCUGCAGCUCGCCGGUGUGUGUCAGAGGAGAAGUCUGGUGCCCUGCAGGAUGUUUCAAGGAUGGGGUCCAACAACGCAGCAAGAGAGAGGGCAAGGUUCCCAUCAUCCAGGCCUCCAGACUACCUCAUCCUGGAGAGAAGGAAACAGGAGGAGGCCCGGGACAAGGUGUUGGAGUUCACCAAGUACCAGAACACCUGUGAUCUUAAGACGCGCUGGGAGAAGAACUCUGACCGGCGCAUUGUGUUGGGAACCAUUGAGAGACGGGUCAAAGAUGCCAUUGGGCAGUAUCAGAUGACCAUCAAUGAGAGGAGGGAUAGACUGCAUGAUAUGUUGGAGGCAGAGGAGAAGGAACUGCUGAGAGAAAUGGAGACCAAGAAGGAGACAGUACUGGAGAGACAAGCCAAGAUGCGAGAGAGAGCCAAGUUACUGCGAGAGAGGAGGGAGAGUGAAAGACUAAGUGUGGUUGAAGACAAGCUUGAACAGCUAUUCAGAGAGCAGAGUGAGGAGCUCCGGACUGAACAGACUCGGCGCAGGCAGGACGAAAUUUGCACAGAGCGGGCUGCGCAGCUAUGUACACGGCAGGUGACGCAGCGGCAGAAAGAGGAGGAGGAGCAGCUCUUUGCUCAGCUGUGGGAGAGCGACCGGCGAGCCAAGGAGGAGCGGGAGGGCCAGGAUGCGCAGAGGCAACGCCAGAGUAACUUGCAGCAGCUGGUCUACCUGCGUGUCCAAAUGGAGGCUGCCGAGCAGCAGAGAGAACAGGCCAAGCAGCUCAAAGAGGAAGAGGCCCUGCUACUGAGGGAGCAGAGAGAGAUGCUGCAUCUGGAGGAGCAGAGAGAGCACCGUCAUAAGCUCCAGGGUCAGGAGAGCCGGCGCAGGCUGCUCGACCACUCUCUGAGGCUGAAGAUGAAGCGCCAGGCCAGGGAGCAGCAGGACGAGCUGGCCCUGGACAUGAGCAUGCUCGAGCAGCUGCUGACAGAGGAGAGAGAUGAGAAACAGGGCAAGGUCACGAGGAAGCUUGAACUGCGAGAGGAGCAGAGUAGGUACCAGCAGUAUCUGGCCGAUCAGCUUGAGGAGCAGAAGAGACAGGAGGUGGAGACAGAGAAGCUGAUCGAGGCAGAGCUAAAGCAGACCUGGGCCCGGAGGGCAGAGCAGUGUCACAAAGAGAAACAAGCCAGGGAUAGGCUGAUGAAGGAUGUGAUGGACACACGCCGCCUGCAGAUCCAGGAGAAAUUGGAUUUGAACAAGCAGAAACAGGCUCAGCUGGCCGAGGAGAGAGACGGGCUAAACAAAACCAUACAGGAGAACAAACUGCUGGAUGAGAGAGAGAAAACUCGUCUGAGACAGGGCUGUCAGGAGUUCCAGGCAGACCUGCUGGCCCAGAUGAUGUACCAGCAGCAGUUGCGUGAUGAGGGGAGAUCUCAGACAGAGCAGGAGCACCAGCAAGGCCUGGUCUACCAGGAGCAGUACAACAGGAAGAUGCAGGAGAUCCUCUCCAGGCCUACCUCACACACCAGGACUGUCCACCCCUUCAGGAGAACCUCUUCCACUAACCCACAGGGACAGUUUAGCUUGGAGUAACCUAGCAUGUGAAGUAAAGCAAAUGCAUUUAUGGCCUGGCUCGACAGGGAACACAUACUUUCGUAAUUCAGACAACAUACACAAAAACGAAUCUCUAAAAACCAUACACCCACACGCCUGAUCCUGUCUUACCUCACAAACAUACAUCUCCGGCAAGUGCUUUAUGUGUAAUCCUCUUAAGACAAAUCCGAAAUUAGCUGUCCCAAGUUUCUCAGAAAAUGGCUAAUGGAUAUUAAAUGCAAAUAAAAAAAGCUUAAUCAUA